AUGAAAAACUUAAAGGAAGAAGUAACGCAGAUUAAGUAUGAUGGUAAAUUGUCUCCCAAAAGUGACAAGGUCGAUGUAGUGGUAGAGUCUUCAGUGGAUUCGCCGACAAAUGUUGCUGGAAAGACUCAUACCCAGAGAGACGAGCCAUCAAAUGAAUGUGAGACCGUACCAUCGGAUAACUAUUAUUGGUGCUUUAAUAUUGGAGCGAACGUACACGUUUCAAGUGUCCGUGAGGAUUUUGUGACGUAUGAUGGUGCUCCUGUGAACUUUCAAGUAAGUGGGAUUUCUUCGGGGUCAUAUUCUACAGUGGUGGGCAUCGGUACAAUACUCAUAGUGAAAGCUACGUUCCACGAUGGAAUGUGGGGCCUUACUUCAUCAAGAAGACUUGGAUACGAUAGAAACGCUGGUGCAGUCAUGAAGAAAUCGGAGAGGCCCGGGUUGGCUGACUACUCAACGGCCGAUCGACAGGCAUCUAUGAAGCUCUGGCAUCAGAGAUUGGAGCACACGUGUGACCAGUACCUCAAGAUUAUGGCUGAUCAAGAGCAUGUCGAUGCGUCGCUGAUAGCGCCAGAAAAGACAGAUUGUAAGAUCUCUGCACCGAAUCAAGUCGUAUAUCUUACGACGAAACUUUUAACGCAAAAGAAGGCGGCAACGUUGAAUCCACUGAUGAAGGCUUAUGUCAGCUGGGCAGAACGGAAGGCAGGACGAUCUAUCAAGAAGAUCAUUGUGAGUCGAUGGGAACCAACGGAAGGCACACCAACCCUCCCGGUUCACAAGUUUCUGACCGACAAGGGAGGCAAAUUUGUGAAUGCGGACAUUGAUUUAUGGUAUCAAUCGUAUGGUAUUGAGCACAUAAAAGACGGACCUAAAUGUUCGCAUAUGAAUCCAGUGGAGCGUCAGCAUUAG